AUGGAUGAAUCAUCAGAGACGCCGUAUACAUCACUGAAACAGCUAUCAAGUAUUCUGGCAAAUCAGUCGAAUAAGCUGCCAUUAGUAUUGAGUAAAACAGGAGUUUCAGCACAUAAAACACCCGUAUCAAGAGAAAGAUUUGGUCUAAGGACGGGUCAGACACCCCGUAGUAUCACAAAGAACCCACCUACGCCUUAUACUGCACGAGCACUACAAAAAGCAGCAACACCCCAUUUACAUUUAAAAAGAAAGAAUGAUCAACAAGCAUCGUAUGAUACGCCAAGAGAUAUUCUUAGAAAGCUGAGUCGAGCAUUACCACCAUAUGUAGAGAAAAGCAAGAGAAAUGAAUAUGAAUUGGAAGAUGAGCUUAGAAAUAUGUAUGAUGUUGAGAAUAUGGAAGAAUCGGAAGAAAAUAUGGAAGCGCCUAAUAUCAAUAUUGCAAGUUCAGAAGAUAUAUCAGAUGAUUUUUCACCGCCCCAACUUUCAAUUCCUAUAGAUCAAGAACAUACAGUACAGUCGAUAGAACUUGGUAGAAGAGCCAGUAUAAGACGAUUAAGUGAUCGAUUAAGCCUUGAAAAGGAUAGUGAACAUAUUAGUAUUUAUAAUGAACAAGAAGCGAAUGCAACAUCCUUUAAUGAAUAUGAACUUCAUGAUGAUGGACUGUUAAAAUCAGAAAGUUUUUUUAGAGAAGAGGAUUUGAAAAUGAGAUUUUAUAGAAAUGAUAUAAUUGAGGAUGAUGCAACCAAUUUUGAAAUUCCAUUCUUAAGUGGAAAAAGCCCGAUGAUUGCUGAAACAAUAUCCUUCAAAGAUACACUUCCUGAAUUUUCAUUACCAAAACCAACAAAACCAGUUACAAAGCAAACAUUAAAAACAUCUGUUUCUUCCAAAAAAUCAAAAAUACAAAAAGUUUCUCGACAUGGAAUUCCUUUACCAUCAUUACCAAUAUCCUUUAUUAGACAACUAGUAGCUAAUUUUACAACAUUAAAAAUAUCAAAGGAUGUACUUAAAGCAAUAUGUUCAGCAUCUGAUCAAUUUUUCGAACAAAUUUCAGAAGAUUUAGAUGCCUUUGCAGCACAUGCUGGACGAAAAACAAUUGAAGAUUCAGAUGUUAUACAACUUAUGAAAAGACAACGACAAAUCAAUGCCAAGACGACUUUAUAUUCUUUGUUUCAGAAAUAUAUUCCAAGAGAACUUGAAUCACAAAUGCCUCCUCCAUCUAAAAUAUCUAAACAUAUAAAAAAAAAGGACUAA